GAAUAUUUACGGAAGUAGUUAAGUUGAAGCGUUUUACUGGGCCACGACAAGGUAGUUUAUUGAUCUCUUCUUGCUGCUAUGCGAAUAUGCAGACAGACAAUCAUAUUUCUUGUCUAAAGACUGAUUUGUUGAAAUCUUGUGGGACGUUUCGUGUUCUUGUUGGCGUGACGGGAAGCGUUGCAACCUUGAAACUGCCUCUUUUGGUAUCCCAGCUUCUUCAGCUCCCUGGGGUGGAUGUAAGAGUGGUCACCACAGAGCAUGCUAAGCACUUCUACAAUCCUUCAGAGGUUUCAGUAAACAUCUACAGUGACAAGGAUGAGUGGGAGCUGUGGACUCAGAGAUCUGACCCUGUGCUACACAUUGAGCUAAGGCGCUGGGCAGACCUACUUGUCAUUGCCCCCCUUGAUGCCAACACUCUUGGAAAGAUUGCUAAUGGCAUUUGUGACAAUCUGCUGACAUGUGUGGUAAGAGCAUGGGAUACCAGUCGCCCUCUCCUCUUCUGCCCUGCAAUGAAUACAGCAAUGUGGCAGCAUCCCAUUACAGCCCAGCAAGUAUCCAGGCUGACAGAGUUUGGAUAUGUGGAAAUACCCUGCAUUGCUAAGAAGCUAGUGUGUGGAGAUGAAGGUAAAGGGGCCAUGGCGGAGGUGUCGACUAUUGUCAGCGUUGUAGAACAGUAUCUUCAGAAAUCAAAUGAGUCAUCUCAGAAGUCAUGCACAUCAGAUCAUGUUGCAGAUUCUGCUGGCCUCAAAGACAAAUAGAUAGUAAACAUGAUGACUUGUCUUCAAAAGGAAUUUCUAUCCAAACCUUCAACACCCUACACACCCAUGAUAAACACAAUUUCUUUCACCUAUUUCACACCUGUUAAGUGCUCUUAUUGGGAUUGUGUGGCUGUGUACAGAUAUACAGUCAUUGAUUGGCAUCUCUGUGUCUCUUCUGUUUAUUUGUUUUUUGAACCUGUUUGGGCAGGGCAACAUGCACCUUUACCCUUCUUAUUAGUACAUGGACUUUGGAGGCCUCAAGUAAUUGCUAGCACAGCUCAAUCCAAGUGCAACCUCACCAGGCAGAAUAAGACUUGUGUGGGGGUGCAAGACCUUAACUUUUACCUGCAGCUAUAAGAGCCAACAGGUGGUUGCUGUAUUUUAUGUGUCAUCUAUUCAUCGUGAUACUGACAUGAUUCAUGGCUUGUUGAAAAGGGAAUACCUCUCAGCUGAUCUUGUCAUUUAAGCCCCUCCCCUUUUCUGCAGUGAUGAUUAAUCUCACUGAAACGUGAGUAUAUUUCUGUCGUUUACAAAGCAGCGUUUCAUGUCAUCGAGCUUAUGUGGGUAAGUUUAAAAAAUGAAGUUGACAGUUUUCUGUUUACACUUCUGUCUAAACAUCUGUCAUCUGCGCUGAAAUGCAUCUGUUUAUAGUCUGCCUUCCAAUGCUAAAAAUGCUUACUGUACAUCUCUUCCUUGGCUUUGUCUUUAAAAGUGAAGGGCAAUGAAGUUGUGCAUUACUGCCAACAUUGUGAAAGGUGUGUGGUUGAAUGGACAUUAUGACAAACCUGUUUUAUGAUGUGCUCCAUUUGGCAAUCAGGAAAAAAAGUUUGGUUCCUCUAAACUUCCUUGUGACUGUUUAUUUUGUGUUAAGUAUAGCUGAACAAAGAACACGGUUUGGGUGGGGAAUGGGAAUAUCGUGCUUUGUCAAAUAAAAUAACAACUUAAUGGAGAGAAAUGUGAUGGUAAUUCUUGGGCUGUUAGCAUUGAUAGGCCUUGUCUUUGACAACAGAAUGUUAAAGGUGAAAGAAAUUUGGUUUUUCAUUGCAAAUUAAAGUUUCAACAAUG